AUGUCGGCCGUGCACAUGGGCAAGGAGUGGCAGACGCUGCAGUACGAGCGCAAGGACUGGGACAGAACGCACGCCUGCUCAGGGCGAGACACCAUCCUCCGGCAUGCUGAGCCAAACCAGAGCGUCCCACCCGCCUACACCACCCUCAAUCAACUCGCCUAUGGGGCGCCCAGCGCGCAGCACCCGCAGGUGCAGAAGCUGCUGUGGACGGGGCACAAGGAGAAUGAGCUGCGCAUGCCGGCGGCCGAGGGGCGCUGCGAUCUGGUGCGCGCCAAGAGGCAGGCGUGGGAGCACGACGUCGCUAACAGCCCCUGGCUCACCUCAUCCAGACUUGCCGCCGACGCCGCCGCGAUGGGCGGCGCCGGGGCGGCCUGCAAGCGGCAGGGGUGCAGGCCUGCCGCGGAAGGGGGCCAGCCAGCACAGAUAGGGCGCAAGGCGGUGGGAGAUUGUGCGCAGCUAUUUGACAAGACAUGGAUUCAGAUCGGACUGCGCAAAUAA